GACGAUGACGAAGUGCACACUUCCGGUUUCUUCCACGUGCAUAGUCAAUAAGAUCCAAAAUUCUUUUUUUAAGGUCUUGUCUUUUAGGUUAAACUGUUGUCAAUGGCAGAUAUUAUUCUCAGUGAAGCAGAAAAAAUUUUCAUUGUUCACGGAAUUCAGGACAAUUUUCGUGAAGAUGGGCGCAGCUGCGAUGAUUAUCGUCAAAUGGAGCUAGAAACAGGACUCAUAUCCAACACCAGCGGUUCGGCGAGAUUACGCCUGGCAAACACAGAAAUCCUUGUUGGCAUCAAAGUGGAACUUGAGGAGCCCAAACCAGAAAAGCCAGAUACUGGCCGCCUUGAAUUCUUUGUUGAUUGCUCUGCAAAUGCAACUCCAGAAUUUGAAGGAAGAGGAGGGGAGGAUCUUGCAACAGAAAUUAUGAACUUCCUGUCACAUUCUUACAGCUCAGAGACAGUACUUGACUUGAAGUCUUUGUGUCUUGUGCCUUCUAAGCUUUGCUGGGUAUUUUAUGUUGAUGUAUUACUCCUAGAAUGUGGAGGAAAUCUUUUUGAUGCUGCAUCAAUUGCUGUGAAGGCUGCUCUGUUCAACACAAAAAUUCCAAAUGUAAGCAUCAGUCAGGAAAGUGAGGACACAGAGCUGAACGUGUCUGAUGAUCCCUAUGAUGUGAAGAGAAUUGAUGUGUCAAGGACACCGUGCAUCAUUACUCUAAGCAAGAUUGGACACUGUCAUGUAGUGGAUGCCAGUCAGAAGGAAGAGGCAUGCUGUCUGGCUAGACUCAUGAUGGCAGUCACAGCAGAAGGAAAUGUAACGGCAAUGGUAAAGGAGGGUUCAGGCAGCCUUGACCCAAGCAGCGUUAGUGACAUGAUGCAGUCUGGAAAGAAAAUUGGCCAGGAACUCAAUUACAAGUUGCUUGAAAAACUUAAAGAGGAAGAGCAAAAGGGGCUGAAAAGACAAACAGUUGGCUUUCUGAGAUAGCAAAUGUACAAAGAAAAUUGAUAACUUGUAAAUU